GCGAGGCGGGGGCUCCUCGGUCGGGGGGCUCCAGUCCCGCCCCAGCCCGGGGCUGUGUGUAGCCCCGGCACCGCGCCCGCCGGAGCGUGCCCGGGCCGGCGGGACCCGUCCGCAGCCCCGCACAGGCUGGGCGGCACGGCCUGCGUUGCGGCGGUUUUCAGGGGAUUUCCGGGGGGUCCGCACCUCCCUGCGACAUGUUCUUGGGGUCCGCACAUGAGGAAAGGUUGAAACCCAGCGCCGCGCUGCGGCGCGACCCCCCUCUCUUCCGCGCUGCGGCCCUGCUGUCGUUGCAGGUCCAGUAUUGCCUCCUGGCUACAAAAAAAGCUCAGAAAUGCAUGACAGUGAUGAAGGCUCCAAGUCUCCUCCUCUGCUCAGAGAAGCAAAUAGAGAUUCUGAAGAGGAGCAAGACACUGAUCCAGUACCCAAGUCAAAAACAGAAAAGAGCUCAGGAAGAUGAUGAUGACGAUGAUGGCUUUUUUGGACCUGCUCUUCCUCCUGGAUUUAAAAAGCAGGAUGAUUCUCCAGAGAGGCCUGUUAUAGGUCCUGCUUUACCCCCUGGUUUUAGGAAACCUACACAGUAUACUGAGGAUAACAGCUGUUCCAUAGGAUCUUCUAUUUCUUCAGAAUUCCAUACCCAGGCAACAGAUAGUGAGGAAGACGACGCUGUCAUAGGUCCAAUGCCUGCAAAAGGACCAGUAGAAUCCAAUGUAACUAGAGACUUUGAACGCAGAGCUCAGCGAAUGAAAGAAAAACUUACUUCUUCAGAUGAUGAUGGGUCCAAACAAGUUUCAAGGGAGUCUUGGAUGACUGAGCUUCCACCAGAAUUGAAAGGCUUUGGAUUGGGCGCAAGAACUUUCAAGAGAAGAACAGAUGAGAAAUCAGGAGAUAAGUCAAUUUGGACAGAUACUCCAGCCGACAGAGAGAGGAAAGCCCAAGAAAUGCAAGAAGCAAAGAAGUCAGCCAGUAAAGAUGAUGAAGAAAUUGUAUUAUCGGCAAGAGACAAGAGACUGGCUGAGCAGCUGUCUUCAUACAAUGACUCAAAAAGAUCAGAAUCUCUCAUGGAUAUGCAUCAUAAAAAAUUAAAGAGCAAAGCAACUGAAGAUAAGAAACCUCAAGAGAGGAGGCCAUUUGACCGAGACCAGGACCUCCAAGUCAAUCGAUUUGAUGAAGUUCAAAAGAAAGCCCUGAUAAAGAAAUCCAGAGAGUUAAACACCAGGUUUUCACACAGCAAAGGCAAUAUGUUUUUAUAAUACAAAGAUAUGACUUUUCGUUCAGGAGAAAUCUAUUAAACUUCAGCAACCUCCAAAAAAAAGUACAUUUUUCUGUAAAUACUUGUGUGCAAAAUAAAUUUCUUUAUGCUUAAAAA